AUGGAUGGAACCAGGCACUGGAAGAAUCUGUGCCACCUCAGCUCGCAUGAGAAGUCGCAUGACCGCCUAGAUAGUAUCCAGAGGUGGAAGGAGCUGGAGAUCAGGCUGGUGUCCAAGCAAACUAUCGAUGCCCAAGACCAACGGGCCCUCUCUUUGCCCUCCUUCACAUUAUCCGGUGCUGUACAAACUCUCUCUGAGCAUCUACUUAAGUACCAUCAGCAGAUCACCUGGGUCAUACUAGGAGAGGACCCACCCCUUAUGAAGGUGGCUUUGCUGGGUCUCCAGUCCAACUGUAAGAUUGCUGCCCUCCUGCAAUAUUUUGUACAUGUCAUCAGUGGGGUGAGGUCUGUUCUCCUCUCAUCCACUCAUGAUCUAGAGCAGCUUAACUGUCUCCUCCACAUGGUGAAGAGCCUGGUUCAGAACCGUUACCUGUACCUCGGCUCGUACGUACGCAUCCCGGUGUCCAGCGUUGUGUACUGCAUCCUGGAGCCGCUGGUCGCCUCCAACUCCCUCAACGACCACCGGAUCCUUAGGGAGUACGCAGCUCUGCGGGUCAGCCACAUGUUCUGGACCCAUGGAGCCCUGGUCAGUGGUCUGUACCACCAGAUUCUGCUGUCUCUGCAGAAGGUUCUGUCAGACCCGGUCCGCCCGCUGUGUUCUCACUAUGGAGCUGGGGGGCUACAUGCACUUAGAGGAAAUGCUGUUGAGCGAGUCAUAUGUCCUUACCUGCAAUCUGUCCUGGAUGACUACUCUGUCUCCAAUGCCCAGGUGAAAGCAGAUGGACACAAGGUCUAUGGAGCAAUCCUGGUGGCAGUGGAGCACCUGCUAAAGAUUAGAGCCCUGUCUCUGCCAGCAGAGGGAGCACCCAGCCACGCUUCGGGAGUGUGAUUUCCGCCGGCUCAGCCUCUCUCCGAGGCCACCCUGGGCAUCGCCAGUCUUCUGCAGGGACCUGGGGGAGCUGGCACCCCCUGGAAUGACUGGACCCUCCACCUGCCCGCCAUGUACUGUGAGCUCUACUCCUCCUUUGGAAACAACUUGGCAGUGCGUUUCAGCACGGACCCCGACUUGGGAGGUUGCCUUCCCCUUCCCAGCCCCCUAUACGCCAAUCCAGACACCACGUACAAGAUGCCCCAGCUCACAGCUAACCUCAAAAUCAACCCCCGGCAGGACGGGAGCCCUUGCACCGAGCCCUCUCCACCCAUCCUAGCUGCCACUGCUCCGGGAACACAAUCUCACGCAGACCGCGAUGAACCUGCGGGCAACACAGCUCACGCAGACCGCGAUGAACCUGCGGGCAACACAGCUCACACAGACCGCGAUGAACCCGCGGGCAACACAGCUCACGCAGACCGCGAUGAACCCGCGGGCAACACAGCUCACGCAGACCGCGAUGAACCCGCGGGCAACACAGCUCACGCAGACCGCGAUGAACCCGCGGGCAACACAGCUCACGCAGACCGCGAUGAACCCGCGGGCAACACAGCUCACGCAGACCGCGAUGAACCCGCGGGCAACACAGCUCACGCAGACCGUGAUGACCUCAUGGCGCAAGCUGCUGUGGCUCUGAUCUCUCUCCAUGACUCAUCUCUCUCCAUUAACACCAUGUUAUUUUUUCACUCUUAG